GUAUUGUGGGAAGUGUGCCUAACAAUCAUGGCUGACGCUUUUGGAGACGGCUUGUUCAGCGUGUUUGACGAUGAACAACAAACCACCGCAAGUAGAAAUAUCCCUGCUUCCCUGACACCAGCAAUUGGGAAAGUUAUCCAUAAUAAUGGCACCGACAAGGAUGCUGCUCCGUCUGCCGCGGUCAAGAGGGAGGCUGACAGUGACGGUGGAGAGGAGAUGGUGUUUGGGAAGAAACCCCGACACGAGACAGGUUCUGAACUAAAUCUUGCAGAGGUUAUGCCCCAAGUGAAGGUGGAGCAAGUUGAAACGGUGGAAGGAUGCUCACAUGAGGUCGCACUGCCUGCCAGUGAUGAGUACAAACCACUGAAACCGAGAGUGGGGAAAGCAGCCAAGGAGUACCCUUUUGUUCUUGACCCGUUCCAGCGCGAAGCCAUCUUAUGUCUCGACAACAACGAGUCGGUGCUUGUGUCCGCUCACACCUCUGCUGGCAAGACUGUCUGCGCUGAAUACGCCAUUGCACUGGCCCUCAGAGAGAAACAGAGAGUGAUCUUCACCAGCCCCAUCAAAGCCCUCUCCAACCAGAAGUACAGAGAGAUGUACGAAGAGUUCCAGGAUGUGGGACUGAUGACUGGCGACGUCACCAUCAACCCCACUGCCUCCUGCCUUGUCAUGACCACAGAGAUCCUGAGGAGCAUGCUGUACCGAGGCUCUGAGAUCAUGAGGGAGGUGGCGUGGGUCGUCUUUGACGAGAUCCAUUACAUGAGAGAUGCAGAGCGCGGUGUGGUUUGGGAGGAGACCAUCAUUCUUCUUCCUGACAACGUGCAUUACGUCUUCCUGUCAGCCACCAUCCCCAACGCCCGGCAGUUUGCUGAGUGGAUUACCCACCUACAUAAACAGCCAUGCCAUGUAAUCUACACAGACUACCGUCCCACUCCACUGCAACACUACCUCUUCCCAGCAGGAGGCGAUGGACUCCACCUGGUUGUUGAUGAGAAUGGAGACUUCAGAGAUGACAAUUUCAACACAGCCAUGCAGGUGCUGAGAGAUGCAGGGGAUUCUGGGGGCAGCGGAGGGGGCAAGUGGGACCCGAGAGGGCGGAAAGGAGGCACUAGAGGGCCGUCCAGCGUGUUCAAGAUAGUAAAGAUGAUCAUGGAGAGAAACUUCCAGCCCGUCAUCAUUUUCAGCUUCAGCAAGAAAGAAUGUGAGGCCUACGCUCUGCAGGUGGCCAAGCUGGACUUUAACAGAGAGGACGAGAAGCGUCUGGUGGAGGAAGUUUUCAACAACGCAGUGGACUGUCUUUCUGACGAAGACAAGAAACUCCCUCAGGUGGAGCAUGUGCUGCCGCUGUUGAAGAGGGGGAUCGGAAUCCAUCAUGGAGGCCUGCUGCCCAUCCUGAAAGAGACCAUAGAGAUCCUUUUCUCUGAAGGCCUGAUAAAGGCCCUGUUUGCGACAGAGACGUUCGCCAUGGGCAUCAACAUGCCGGCUCGCACCGUGCUCUUCACCAGCGCACGCAAGUUUGACGGCAAGAAUCACCGUUUUAUUACAUCAGGUGAGUACAUCCAGAUGUCCGGGCGAGCCGGUAGGAGAGGAAUGGACGACAGGGGAAUUGUUAUUUUCAUGGUGGACGAGAAGAUGAGUCCAGCUGUGGGCAAACAGCUGCUCAAGGGCUCAGCAGACCCUUUGAACAGCGCCUUCCACCUGACCUACAACAUGGUGCUCAACCUGCUGCGUGUGGAGGAGAUCAACCCGGAGUACAUGCUGGAGAAGUCCUUCUACCAGUUCCAACACUACAGGGCUUUGCCUGGUGUUGUGGAGAAAAUGAAGAAGUAUGAGGAGCAGUACCACAGCAUUGAGAUACCCAAUGAAGAGGGCGUGGUCACUUACUUUAAAAUCCGACAGCAGCUGGCCAAGCUGGGUAAAGAGAUACAAGAGUUCACCCACAAACCCAAAUACUGCCUGCCCUUCUUGCAGCCCGGGAGGCUUGUCAAGGUAAAAAAUGAAGACGCAGACUUUGGCUGGGGAGUUGUUGUUAACUUUAGCAAGAAGACGAAUGUGAAGACCAGUACAGACUCGGAGCCGCUGUACGUGGUGGAGGUUUUGGUCCACUGUAGUAAAGACUGUGUAAAAGAUGCUGCGACUGAGGCUGCUAAACCUGCUGCUCCAGGGGAGACCGGAGAGAUGCAGGUGGUCCCAGUGAUGCUUCAUCUCCUGACUUCCAUCAGCUCAGUUCGCCUUUACAUCCCCAAAGACCUGAGGCCCUUUGACAACCGACAGCUCAUGCUCAAGUCUAUUCAGGAGGUGCAGAAACGUUUCCCAGAUGGUGUUCCUCUGCUGGACCCCAUAGACGACAUGGGCAUCAAAGAUCCUGCACUGAAGAAAGUUAUUCAGAAAGUGGAGGCCUUUGAGCACCGCAUGUACUCCCACCCCCUGCACAGCGACCCCAACCUGGAGUCUGUGUAUUCCCUCUGUGAGAAGAAAGCUCUGAUUGCAGCAGACGUCCGAACGGCCAAGCGAGAGCUGAAGAAAGCUCGGACCGUCCUGCAGAUGGACAAGCUGAAGUGCAGGAAGAGAGUCCUGCGACGCCUCGGCUUCGCCAGCCCGUCCGAUGUCAUCGAGAUGAAAGGAAGGGUCGCCUGUGAAAUUAGCAGUGCUGACGAGCUCCUGCUGACGGAGAUGGUGUUCAACGGUCUCUUCAACGAUCUGACGGUGGAACAAGCCACCGCCCUGCUGUCGUGCUUUGUCUUCCAGGAGAAUGCCAGUGAGAUGCCAAAACUGACCGAACAACUAGCAGCUCCCUUGAGACAGAUGCAGGAGUGUGCGAAGCGCAUAGCCAAAGUUUCUGCAGACGCCAAGCUGGAGGUGGACGAGGAGACUUAUCUGAACCAGUUCAAGCCUCACCUCAUGGAUGUGGUGUUCGCCUGGGCUAACGGCGCCACGUUUGCUCAAAUCUGCAAGAUGACCGACGUCUUUGAAGGGAGUAUCAUCCGUUGCAUGCGCCGCCUGGAAGAAGUCCUGAGACAAAUGUGCUCUGCAGCCAAAGCCAUCGGCAACACUGAGCUGGAGAACAAGUUUGCUGAAGGAAUAACGAAGAUCAAGAGAGACAUCGUAUUUGCUGCCAGUCUCUACCUUUAACGACCUUUCAGCUUUUCAACACACGACGGGCAGCACUGGAGGAUGAAUGCUGUUUAGUUCUGAUUAACUCCUGAUGGAUCUCCUGAACCUCGAUUCUUUUUGUUUUAGUCUCACAUUUUUCCCACAGAUUAAAUGUUAAAUGGGCUUUUAAUUUAUGUCCUUCAGUUCAAAUUUUUGACCGGUUUCUUUUUUUUCUUAACUUUGUAAUGUCCUGUUCAGUUGUGUUAUCCACGGUGAUAAUUCCAUUAAAUAUAUAAAUGACAUUAAACGGAAGUGUUUUUCCUUUAGGUCAAUGCUUCUGUAUAGACAAUACGUUGAACAUUCAUUAUUUUUCGCUUACAUCAGCCAAUUGGUUCAUAAUCUGACGUUAUUUUGAUGUACGUGAUUGAGAAAGUAAACGAGUCAUGCUUUAAUUUUAUGACGCCACAUGACAUAAUACAAUCACUUAAUUUCUGUUGAUUUGAAGUAAAAUGGCUUUAUUUUUGCUUUUUUUUCUUAUUUUAGACAUUUGUACAUAUUUCACUUUUUACAAUAACCUCAGUAUGGUGUUGUUUUUUUGAAUACAGAUUAUAAAAAAAACCUACAUUGUCUGUUCACUUGAUUCUACUCGUUCUUGAUACACAGGUUGCUGUGUUAGCAGCAGUCCAGCAAAGGCAACACAGACUAAAACUGACUCUUCAACUCUCUAACCAAACAUGAUACAAGUCAUGCUUCCUUCUUGACUAUAUUAGAUUAGGAGGGUGGAGAGUAAGGCAGCACUGGCCUGGAGUCAGCAGCUCCAGAUGUGAAGCAGUGUUGCCCUCUGGUCUAGGAUCAGUUUUAGUCUCCAGCACAUUCUAGCUUUGAGAGGCAAACAUUCCUCUAAUUGGCUCCUUAAUUUACGCUGGACCUGAGGCAGCAGACAGUGUCUCUGGGUGUUGGAGACAACCUAGAAACUGAUCCUACAUCAGAUCCUUGAGGAGAUUGACUCCAGGUCAGGGAAAGCACAAAGCAAUUCAAAUGUUCCCAACCCUCCAAAAAAUAUAAUAAAAUCAUUCAUGGGCGAUCAGUAACUUAAGACUAGUCAGAUAUGUCACA